CACACACACACACGGAUCCCAUAGACGCUACAGUAUAAUAAUCAUAGAACCGAGUCAUUAGGUUUCGAACAGCAUACAUGAUGUCUCACGAGGCCAAUAUCGAUACACACAGACCUAAACCCAGACCGAUUACCAAGAAACGGUGCUUGGGGCACAACGAUCACAACCUCUCUACCGAGACAGCCCAAUCCUCCAUGACAUCCCAAUGCAAUGCCCUGUGUGACGUGCAAAAUGAGUGCUCAAAUCACGAAAGUCCUCCACGACGCAGACGCCGAAGCGGACGUUACCAGGUACCGGGCGAGGAUGAAGUGGAGACAACCGUGAAUGAGAAGAACAACAAGAAGCAACAAGACCAACACCGCAGUGUACAUUUCAGCAAGCCCAUAGCCCAGGUACCGGGCGAGGAUGAAGUGGAGACAACCGUGAAUGAGAAGAACAACAAGAAGCAACAAGACCAACACCGCAGUGUACAUUUCAGCAAGCCCAUAGCCCAGGUACCGGGCGAGGAUGAAGUGGAGACAACCGUGAAUGAGAAGAACAACAAGAAGCAACAAGACCAACACCGCAGUGUACAUUUCAGCAAGCCCAUAGCCCAGGUACCGGGCGAGGAUGAAGUGGAGACAACCGUGAAUGAGAAGAACAACAAGAAGCAACAAGACCAACACCGCAGUGUACAUUUCAGCAAGCCCAUAGCCCAGGUACCGGGCGAGGAUGAAGUGGAGACAACCGUGAAUGAGAAGAACAACAAGAAGCAACAAGACCAACAUCGCAGGGUACAGUUCAGCAACCCCAUAGCCCAGGUACAGUUCGUGUCCAUGUCGGAAGACUCCAGGGAGGCACGCUCAUCAUAUUGGACGCGGGUUGCAGUUCAUGCCAAACAGUUCCAAAUGAGGUUACUUCAGGUAGAGCCGUCAAUAUGUAGAUGUCUAGACGAAAAUCACCGGGACCGCAUGAGGAACUAUAUACGGGUUAGGCUCGAGAGCGAUUGUCACUGAGCGCUCCUCUUGGGAAACCUUAUCUGGGCACAGCAAACUCUGCCCAGUCGAUCACUGUGACAUCAACUCGCUCUGCGCUCUCAUCAAACCCACCUCGGAUAACCCAAGCAGGCCUCCCUAUACACUCCUACAUCGCCACCAGUAAUCUACACCAGGAUCACCCACCGAAUCGACUACCGCAAUGGCCUCGUGGUACAACUGUCUCCUGUUGAAGAACAGGACCCUGACAGAUCACGAGAAGGAAACCCUGGACCGUGUCAAUGUGGAAUCCCUCAGCCAUGACGGAGCACCAGCUGAGGCCGAUCACUAAUACCAACCCCAGUUCCCCGUACAACAUGUUGUAUGUCAAUGACACCGAAUAAACGUAAACAACUAAACAUGUCAUUGAACACAUCUGUGUCUCUCAUUUCAUUGUUUAUGUUUAUUUAUCCUUUAGAUCUGUCUCUCCGUUAUUGCUAUCAUAUCCGAACUAGCAUAUUCAUUACACUUGUAUCAGAUCAUUGCAGCCGCUAUUGCCUAUGCCUGAAUAGGUAAGGACACUAUAGGAACGCUAGGGGGAGACGAUGAGAAUGCACACACAAGCACACCUAGGUAAAUGUGCUCAUGAUCAUUGCAAGGCUCAGUGAAGCCUAAUCUAGGUUCCAUUCAACUGUCCAAGGACAGCGUGUUAGAGUGAAGUUAUUAGAAAAGCAUCGUUGCAGCCGCUAUUGCCUAUGCCUGAAUAGAUAAUGACACUAUAGGAACGCUAGGGGGAGACAAUGAGAAUGCACACACACACACACAAGCACACCUAGGUAAAUGUGCUCAUGAUCAUUGCAAGGCUCAGUGAAGCCUAAUCUAGGUUCCAUUCAACUGUCCAAGGACAGCGUGUUAGAAAAGCUAUUAGUUAUUAGAAAAGCACAGUCCACAAGCCGGUGAAGCCCCUCUGGCGGUUA